UAAAAACCGGCCAUUUAAUUUGCUCGGUCUCAGUGAGCCGGCAGCCUGCCUUCCAUCUCCGUGUGUGCAGCCAUCUCCCCUCCCUACGUCUUCUCUUCCGAUCGGAUCUUAAAGCAGUUUUUGUUUCACUUUUUUCCCGAGCGCUCAACCUUCUUGCCACCGGCAUCAUGACUGACGCGGCUAUUUCUUUCAUGAAAGAUUUCUUGGCGGGCGGCGUGGCAGCCGCGAUCUCCAAGACAGCGGUAGCCCCCAUCGAGAGAGUCAAGUUGCUUCUUCAGGUGCAACAUGCGAGUAUGCAGAUCACAGCAGACAAGCAAUACAAGGGCAUCAUGGACUGUGUGGUCCGGAUCCCUCGUGAGCAAGGUUUCCUGUCCUUCUGGCGUGGUAACUUGGCCAACGUUAUCAGAUACUUCCCCACACAAGCCCUCAACUUUGCUUUCAAAGACAAAUACAAGCAGAUCUUCCUGGGUGGCGUCGACAAAAGAACCCAGUUCUGGCGUUACUUUGCUGGAAACUUGGCAUCUGGUGGUGCUGCUGGUGCUACCUCUCUGUGCUUUGUCUACCCUCUCGACUUCGCCCGAACCCGUCUGGCGGCUGAUGUGGGAAAAGCUGGGGCUGAGCGUGAAUUCAAGGGGCUUGGAGACUGCCUGGUCAAAAUCUUCAAGUCGGACGGCCUUCGGGGACUGUACCAAGGCUUCAACGUCUCUGUCCAAGGCAUCAUUAUCUACAGAGCUGCUUAUUUUGGUAUCUACGAUACUGCAAAAGGGAUGCUUCCUGAUCCAAAGAACACACACAUCUUGAUCAGCUGGAUGAUUGCUCAGUCGGUUACUGCUGUUGCUGGCCUGACCUCUUAUCCCUUUGAUACAGUUCGGCGGCGUAUGAUGAUGCAAUCUGGUCGCAAAGGUGGUAAGUAUCAAAGCCGCAGCAGGGAGCACAGAAAGCACAGCUGGCGGUUUUGCUAGAUCUUUUUGCCACCU